AUGUGGCAUUACUCCUGCCGCACAGCAUCGCCCGCCGACGCCCCUUUCGUUGGCAACACUCGCUCUGACGUCACGCUCCUAGGAAAGGUCAGACAGGAACUUGACAGAGACGAAUCCGUCGUCAUUGCUUCGGCCGAUAAGAGUGGCGGUGUAGUUAUGAUUGAUAGCACUGACUACAUAACUAAAAUAGAAGUACUGCUCUCUGAGGUCUCUACUUACAGGAAAGCUAGGACAGGAAACGCGGAUGCGAGGUCCCUAGAGUUCAACAGAGCAGCAAGGAAGAUCCUCAGAUGUUCGGAGAAGGGGAAGAAGGCUUUGCUGCAUCUGUUCGAGGAGACACCACGCACGCCGACGAUCCGUGGGAACAUCAAAACCCACAAAGAAGGAAACCCCGCGAGACCCAUCACCAACGGGACCGGGAGUGCCCCACACCGGCUAGCCAAAAAGAUCGUAGCACCUCUCGCGAGCGCCUUAAACUCCAUCAGCGGUUGUCAUCUAUCAAACACCACCGAUAUGAUGGCAAAAUUGCAAAACGUCUGGAUGAGAUGCAAAAAGCUUGUCAGCUUCGACGUCAAGUCUCUCUUUACGAACGUACCGAUUGUCUGA